GGCACAUGUGUAUAUAACGUGCUCCCUGUACCCAAGACUACAGCACAGAGACAAGGCACCACUCCAUCUGGCGUUCGGACGGGAGGAGAGGAACCAAAGUUUGCUGCUGGAGAUGGGGAGUCGGGCCAAGCUCUCCUCGCCUCCUGUUGUGCCAGAUGGAGCUUCUUCCUCGACCAUGCAGGCCGCCAAGAAGAUGCCCACACUGAACACGGCGUACAAUGCCGGGCUGCUCCAUUCCAUCGCCGGAGAAUGGAAUCCAAACAUCAAAGGUGUGUUUUCCGGGGUAGGGAUGGAAGAAAUGUGCAAGAUAAAGGAUAUGGGGAACAACAACCGUAUCUUUAGCAUGUCCCUCUUAGCUAGGAUCGAUCCCAAAACCAUGAAGAUGGACAUGGGACAUGGAAAUUACAUUGAGGUGAACUCUAGGGAGGUAGCAAAGUUCUUAGGGUUGAAUCCAUGUGGUAGGAAGAUAGAUAUCCCGGGCGGCGCUUGCUUAGCAGACCGAGAACGGUUGCUAGAGAACUUGCAUGCGAUCUUAGAGACAAACAUGGCUCGCACUUGUAAGAUUCCUGUGGUUAGAGUUAAGAAAAUCAUCCAGAACGCAAGCAAGGAGGCCAUGGUAGGAGCAGAGAAAGAAAAGAUGAUGGUGGCGUGUACAAUCAUAGCCGCAUCCUCGUUUCUCCUACCUAGGGGAGCACACCCAAAAAUUGCCAAUGAACUACUGCCCGUUCUAGCUGAGCCAAAUCAAAUCUCCGACUAUGAUUUCUGCGACUACGUCGUGGAGGGUCUAAGAGAGGGUGCGGCCAAGCUGAGGGAAGAUCUACGACAUGAGCCAGCUCAGCUUAGUCUGCAGGGGUGCCUUGUUGUCCCACAGAUCAUUUGAAUGCGAUUAUCAUGAGCACGGGAUGGAGGGACGCGAGCUGCUGCCAUUCCCUCGGCUAGCAUCGUACUCGGAUAUGAUGUUGAAACUGCAGAUCAAAAAGCAUGCAGCAAGGAAUGGUGUGGAUGCUGGGUUUGAGGCUGCGGAUGUUCCCAGAUCGUCGGCAUUUAAUGUUGCUUCUGCUAGCCCGGCUCAAGCCCAAGCCUGGACCACGCCGAGUCCUAGUGUGCAUGACGCUACCCCUGGAUUUGGUGUGGCCCAUGAGCCAGCGAUAAGUCAAGAGGUUCUUGACGCCAUGAAGGAAGCAAUGCAACAUCGCCUGAAGCAACGUGAGGAUGAAUUCCUCAAGAUGGUUGAGGAGACACAGGCCAAAGUGUUUGAAGAAAUCAGGAACAAGGUGGAUGCUAAACGGCACAGAGACCUCGAGGACACUCUUGGUGAUUUCAUGGGGCGUGUGAAGAAACAAGCUCCAAUGGCGGCAGCAUUUCCUAACAUGAGCAAGACCUCGCAUCGUCCCAGGACGAUGACAGGCUGCGGAUGUUCCCAGAUCGUCGGCAUUUAA